GAAUCCGGUUUAGCAGCCUUCAGAAUUAAAUUUCCUAUGCAUGCAACCGAUCGUCUGACGAAUACCUGUCACCUACGUAUACGUUUCGACGAGGUGCGCGCUAAGAGUUUGGAGAAAUAUGCAGAGUUUUCACGCUGCCAUGCGGCGCGAUGAUUCGCCAACAGUAAUCCUUUAACUGGAUAUCUGCUGGAAUUUACCCGCUGUGCCGGUGUAUACAUGGUUAUUGCGCGGAGAUCCUGCAGACUGCAACCAGGAGAAUAUCGCGGGAUUGGUUUAGCUGACCGGUAUUUAUGAGGGACGAGCUGGUCUUCUGACCGACUGCCCACCGCGGCGGUUAUUCUCAUCCUUGUCGCCAUGCCGGCCGCCUGCCUCUGCUGGUCAGCCGCAGGCACCACCCACUUCCUCCUCUCUCUCCUAAUCGCUCUCCAUGUAUUCUCCUUCGCCUCUGCCGGCCUGUUCACCGCGCUUUUCGGCGGAGAAGAUCCCAGGUACUGCUCGUGGCACGGAACGGCUCCCUUCUGCAGUCCCUCGUGUCCCGCCGGGAAGGUUAAAGCGGAAGGCCGGGAGACAAAGUGCGGAAGCAGCAGCAUCUUCUGCUGUCUGACCGGCCAGAAGAUCGUCUGCUGUCCCAAGGACUUCGAUUUCAACACACAGCCUGUCAUCUUCGCCAAACUCCCGCCCGAAGCACCCACUGCCCCUUAAAUUAAACGCCCCCUUCUUUGUUCCCAUUUAACAAUGCACACCCUUGCUGUUGGCUUAAUUUAUUACUAUCGUUUAUUAGAAUUACUUUUAUUCGCACAAUGAACACAAAUUAAACAGAAAAUUGUG